UUCUCAGGUACAACCAAAACUAGAAUAUUUUUAUUUGAAAAGUCAUGUCCGAAUACUCGAACAUUGAGUUUGAAGUUCCUCAAUUUUUAAUUCAUCAUUACUAUAUUUCUGGGGCAAUUGCAGUAGUGUUCAAUUGUUUAGUUAUUUAUUUUUUGAUUUUUCAUAGUGGACGAAUAGGUUCCUUCAAGUUUUAUUUACUAGGUUUUCAGAUUUCAUGUGUUUUGCUAGUUUUCCAUGCGACAGUUCUCAUGGAACCACUCAGUUUAUCGCCAAUUUGUGCUGGUUAUAGCAAUGGAUUACUAUCCAAUACGCUUUCGACUCAUGCACUUUUGACAAUUUUCGCACUGCUCGUUAGCUCACAACUAGAUAUUCUAUCCAUAUGUUUUUUGCAAAAGCAUCGAGUCAUCAUGAGACUUAAGAGUUUACCAGUUAUAUCCACAGGAAUGUACACGUCGAUUAUUGUAUUUUCAAUAGUUUUCCAUUUAUCUAUGGCUUUUACACUGAACAUGAGCAAUGCAAGUCGCGAAAAACAGAUGGAAAUAUUGGAUAUUCUAUUUCCCGCACUCUCGUUCAAGUUCAGAAGUUUACCAGAAUUUCAGUACUAUGCUUUCAACAGCUGGAUGAUAGCUUUUGUCACACAAACUAUGUUCGGAACCAUGAAAUCAUUUGUAUUAGUAGUCAUUAUGGUUAUUCAAAUGUACAGAACAUUAAAGGAAGUUCAGUGUAAACUAUCGAGCACUACAAUUGCAAAGCACAAAUCUGCUCUGAGGAGUUUGGUUGCUCAGUUUUGCACAACCCCAAUUGCAAUGCUUCCCGCUGGAAUCACCACUUUAACAGUGCUUUUCCCCAGUCAAUACUCUCAAAAAGUAUCCUGGUAUUGCAUGAUGGUAAUGACGGCCCACUCGACAAUUAACUCAAUAGUUAUUAUUCUCACUUAUCCCGAAUUCAGAAAACGUCUGUUCUUUUGGGAGAAGAAUUUGAAAAGAGCGUCGGUUGUCACAAUUGGCAGGUGA